AUGAGUUUCAUGAAUACAUCCAAACAAUGUAUUCGAAGUUUUGCAUGUUCGGCUUCAAGAUGUGAAGCUAAAAAAUUAAAUAAAUAUUCAUCAAUUGUAACUGCAGAUCCAUCUCAAGGUGCAUCACAAGCUAUGUUAUAUGCAACUGGUUUUAAUGAAGAAGAUUUUAAUAGAGCACAAGUUGGUGUUGGAUCAGUAUGGUGGACCGGUAAUCCAUGUAAUAUGCAUCUUAUGGAUUUAAAUGAUGCUUGUACAGAUUCAGUAAAUAAAGCAGGUUUAAAAGCAAUGCAAUUUAAUUCUAUUGGUGUUUCAGAUGGUAUUACAAAUGGUACUGAAGGUAUGAAAUUUUCAUUACAAAGUAGAGAAAUUAUCGCUGAUUCUUUUGAAACCAUGACUUUAGCUCAAUUAUAUGAUGCAAAUAUUGCUAUACCAAGUUGUGAUAAAAAUAUGCCUGGUGUUUUAAUGGCAAUGGGUAGACAUAAUAGACCUUCUAUAAUGGUUUAUGGUGGUACAAUUUUACCUGGAUCACCAACUUGUGGUACUAAUAAUCCAGCAGUUGCUGAUAAAAUUGAUAUUAUUAGUGCUUUCCAAAGUUAUGGUCAAUAUUUAUCAAAACAAAUUACAUUGGAAGAAAAAGAAGAUAUUGUUAAAAAUGCAUGUCCUGGUCCGGGUGCUUGUGGUGGUAUGUAUACUGCUAAUACUAUGGCUUCAGCUGCUGAAGUUUUAGGUUUAACAUUACCUUAUAGUUCUUCAUCACCAGCAGUUUCAGAAGAAAAAGCAAAAGAAUGUGCAUCAGUAGGUGAUGCUAUCAAAAAUUUAUUAAUUUUGGAUUUAAAACCAAAAGAUAUUAUAACUAAAAAAUCAUUUGAAAAUGCUAUUACAUAUAUCAUUGCCACUGGUGGAUCAACUAAUGCUGUUUUACAUAUUAUUGCGAUUGCGUCAUCAUUUGAUAUUGAAAUAACAGUUGAUGAUUUCCAAAGAAUUAGUGAUUCAACUCCAUUAUUAGCUGAUUUUAAACCUUCAGGAAAAUAUGUUAUGGCUGAUUUACAAAAAGUUGGUGGUACACCAGCAGUUAUGAAAUUUUUAAUGGAAGAAGGUAUGAUUGAUGGAUCACAAUUAACUGUUACUGGUAAAACAAUUGCUGAAAAUUUAAAAGAUUUACCAAGUUUACCAGAAGGUCAAGAUAUCAUACAUAAAGUUUCAAAUCCAUUAAAACCAAGUGGUCAUUUACAAAUUUUAAAAGGUACUUUAGCUCCAGGAUCAGCAGUUGCUAAAAUUACUGGUAAAGAAGGUACUUAUUUUAAAGGAGAAGCAAAAGUUUAUGACAAUGAACAUGCAUUUAUUACUUCAUUAGAAAAUGGUGAUAUUAAAAAAGGUGAAAAAACUGUUUGUGUUAUAAGAUAUGAAGGUCCAAAAGGUGGUCCAGGUAUGCCAGAAAUGUUGAAACCUUCAAGUGCAUUAAUGGGUUACGGAUUAGGUCAAGAUGUAGCAUUAUUAACUGAUGGUAGAUUUUCUGGUGGAUCACAUGGAUUUUUAAUCGGUCAUAUUGUACCUGAAGCUUAUGAAGGUGGUCCAAUUGCAUUGGUUGAAGAUGGUGAUGAAAUUGUUAUUGAUGCAGAAAAUAAUAUUAUUGACUUGUUAGUUGAUGAAAAUACAUUAGCUGAAAGAAAGAAAAAUUGGACACCACCUGAACCAAGAUAUAAAAGAGGUACUUUAUUUAAAUAUAGUAAAUUAGUUAGUGAUGCUUCCAAAGGUUGUGUUACUGAUGUUUAA